CCGCAUGUGUCUGCUGUUAGUUUACAGGUCAGUGAGGAGCUUUAAAUACCUUCUUCCCUGCACUGUUUCCCCCCGAUCCGACGGCAAGAGAUGAAAGAAGCAAUUAUGAAUCAAGAAAAACUUGCUAAACUACAGGCACAAGUCCGCAUCGGCGGAAAGGGUAGUGCUCGCAGAAAGAAGAAGGUUGUACACAGAACAGCCACCGCAGAUGACAAGAAGCUCCAGUUCUCUCUAAAGAAACUUGGUGUCAACAACAUCUCUGGUAUUGAAGAGGUCAACAUGUUUACAAAUCAAGGAACAGUCAUCCACUUCAACAAUCCCAAAGUGCAGGCCUCCCUCGCAGCCAACACCUUCACCAUCACUGGCCACGCUGAGACCAAGCAGCUGACCGAGAUGCUGCCGGGCAUCCUGAACCAGCUGGGAGCCGACAGCCUGACAAGCCUCAGGAGACUCGCCGAGGCCCUGCCCAAACAGGCUGCAGAUGGAAAAGCGCCGAUUGCAGCAGUAGAAGAAGAAGACGAUGAUGUUCCAGAUCUGGUGGAGAAUUUUGAUGAAGCAUCCAAGGAUGAGGCUAACUAGAGGAAAUGGGACUCCUGGAGUAACAAAACUUGACAGGACCAUGUGGGGCACAAGAUGUUUUAAUGUCUAUUUUGAGAGGUGGAAAGUUAAUCGUUUAAGUACCUGAGAAGAUGGAUAAUCUGUCAAUUUUUGGCUGUGAGCAUUCUGUAAUAUGUGCAACACCUGAACAAAGUACUUGCAUACUCUUAAGUGAAUUAUUUUUGAGUAAUUUUCUAGAAUAGUACUCUAAAGUAUUAAAAACCAGGGUAGCAGUAUUUAAGCAUAAGGUAUUUUAGUACUCAUUCCACCUCCUGUUUGCCACCAGACUCCUCCAAAUGCUUGUUGUGCUCUGUGGUCCAGUUAGAGUGAGAGAUUGUGUUUAAAAUGUGGUGUUUAAGGCUCCUGCUGUACAUCCAUGUUACUGAUCCUUAAUUCUUUGUGGCCUCGCUAAAACCACCAUAUCUGGAAAUAAACCUUUGCUACUGUCAGUAA